UGAUCGUGUUCCGUCAUGACGGAGGAAAACCGCAAGGAGGUCCGCGUCUGGUGCGAUGGGUGCUAUGACAUGGUGCAUUUUGGACACGCAAAUUCCUUGAGGCAGGCGAAAGCUUUAGGCGAUUAUCUGGUGGUAGGUGUUCACAAUGAUGAAGAAAUUACAAAACACAAAGGCCCUCCCGUCUUCACUGAGCAAGAAAGGUAUAAAAUGGUGCGCGGUAUUAAAUGGGUAGACGAAGUAGUCGAAGCUGCGCCCUACGUCACUACAUUAGAAACAUUAGAUAAAUAUAACUGUGAUUUUUGUGUUCACGGCGAUGAUAUCACAAUGACGGCUGAUGGCGUGGACACGUACCAUUUAGUCAAGGCAGCCGGCCGCUACAGAGAAGUCCAACGUACAGCCGGUGUCUCAACGACCGAUCUUGUAGGACGUAUGCUGCUGAUGACACGACAGCAUUUUCGACAGGGUGACAACGAAUACAGCGUCGAUAGAGAACCGAGCAAGAGCAUGGGUCAGGAUCGAAACGCUCGGAGUCCGUGGACUGGUUGUUCGCAAUUCUUGCCGACCACACAGAAAAUUAUACAAUUUAGUGAUGGUAAAAGUCCGCAGCCGGGCGAUAAGAUUGUGUACGUGGCAGGCGCGUUUGACCUCUUCCAUGUGGGGCACUUGGAUUUCUUGGAAGUCGCUAAGAAAGAAGGAGACUACCUCAUUGUCGGUCUGCAUACCGAUCCCGCCGUUAAUCGAUACAAAUGCGGCAAUCAUCCUAUUAUGAAUCUUCACGAACGAGUUCUCAGUGUGUUAGCGUGCAAGUAUGUUAAUGAAGUUGUUAUUGGUGCGCCGUAUGCAGUGACAAGAGACUUGAUGGAACAUUUCAAUGUUUCUAUCGUGUGUCACGGACAAACGCGCAUAAUGCCUUGCGAGGAUGGAUCGGAUCCAUACGCGGAACCUAAAAAGCAAAAUAAAUUUAAAUUGUUAGAUAGCGGUAACGAUAUGACAACGGAAAAAAUUGUUGAAAGGAUCAUUCUUCACAGGUUGGAAUUCGAGGAUAGAAAUUUAAGGAAGGAGAAAAAAGAGCUUGCCGCUUAUGAAGCCUCCAUCAAGUCAAAGAACAAUGACAAGAUUGAAUAAUUGUUUAUUUUGUUUCCUUUCUGCGAACAUUCGCAGUGUGUAUGUGUGAUGAUUAGAUUUUAUAAAGUCAAUGUGUAAAUACGAUAUCACACCGACACUCAAUUUAUCAUUUCGAAAUGCCUUACAUAGUUAAAAUAAAUAAUCAAUCAUAUAUAUAUGCUAGAAAUAGCAGUUAGCGAUGUGGUAAUCCACGUUAGUUUUACUUUGUUGCAAUACGUUAUAUAAAAAAUAAUAUACAACGACGAUGAUUAUGGAAUCAGGUGAAACAUUAUAUGUGCAAGGUGUGUCAGGACUAUCAUUCGUUCUAUGGUCAUAGUUUGUUUUUAUC